AUGCCACAUAUUAGAACCAUGAACUCAAAAAAACCACCUGAAGGGUGGAAUAAAGUUGAAACAUUUUUAAAUGAAAUGAACCAAAAAAUGAGAAGUUUAGAAAAUGAAGAUACAUCAAAAAAAAGAAAAAAUGAAAUAUUAUGGCCAAUAUUUCAAAUAAAUCAUCAAACUGCUCGUUAUAUUUAUGAAUUAUACUAUAAGAGAAAAGAAAUAUCAAGAGAGUUAUACGAUUAUUUGGUUCGAGAAAAGUAUGUUGAUGGUGCUCUUAUAUCAAAAUGGAGAAAACAGGGUUACGAAAAUUUAUGUUGUCUAAAAUGCAUACAAGUAUCUGACAGUAAUUUUAAUAAUGCAUGCAUUUGUAGAGUCCCAAAAAGCAAUAUAGGCAAUAAGAUUAUCCAAUGCGUUAAUUGCGGAUGCAGAGGUUGUGCAAGUGGAGAUAGAUGA